AUUUUGUUUGAUUCGCCGGAGAUCUGGAAUGCCAAACAAAUCAGUGGGAAAGAAAUUACCUCCUUGCUAGAAUCCCUUCUGCACCUUGCAUGGAGACUUCUGUUUUUAGUGUCUGUACAUCUCUUGAAGACAAUUCUUCCAGCAUCGCUUGCCUUAAAGAGGAAAUACAAACAAAGCGAGCUGUCAGUGGAAGCAGCCUAUGCUUAGCAAAGAAGACGUACAGAUGAAGAAAAACUACUGGGGGCAAGUGCAUAGUUCAGAAGUCAGCAAAACUGUCAGAAGAAUAUGAUUAUUGUGGAAAGCGGGCAGAGGGAAGGACUUCAGGUUGGCAAAAGCAAUGAAGGAUCAAGCAAACCAAGAUAUCAGUUCUUAGAAACGGACAUGCUUUAUGAAGAAAAGGCUUCGAUGGACCACACAGGGAACACGUUGCUACAACUGAGCCAAGACAGGAAACUCUGCAGGAAUAUGUUGGUCUCUAAAGAGAUCAAUGUGUCGAAUGUGUAUAAUCUGACUUUGUAUGUUGAAGAUGCAAUGAACUGCUCUUGCGAGAAGAGUCUCCCUCCACUCUGUAACACCUCUCUUCAUGAAAACAGUCCUCUUCCCGAGAAAAACUGGCCCGCCUUGCUAGUUAUCGUUGUGAUGAUUGUAACAAUCGCUGGAAAUAUUCUUGUCAUCAUGGCUGUAUCAUUAGAGAAAAGGCUGCAGAAUGCUACAAACUAUUUCCUGAUGUCACUUGCCAUUGCUGACAUGCUCUUGGGGUUUCUUGUCAUGCCUGUAUCAAUGCUGACAAUAUUAUAUGGUGAGUACAACAGUUCAUGUACUUUGGGCAAACAGAUGCUGCGAGGCCGCAUCCCAAAGGUAGGAGAGGCUGGGCCCACAGAGGCGGAGGGUAAAGCGGGCCCAAGGGCUCUGCAGAGCUGCAGCAUCCCUGGGAAAAAUGCAAGGGGAAGCAAUCUCAAGCAACUGCAAGGUAUUUCAAUGCCGGUUCCUGUGUUUGGGCUACAUGAUCAUUCCAAGGUUUUCCGGAAUGGAAGCUGUCUGCUUGCGGAUGAGAAUUUUGUCUUAAUCGGCUCUUUUGUGGCAUUUUUCAUCCCAUUGGUUAUUAUGGUGAUCACCUACUUUUUAACCAUCAAAUCUCUCCAAAAGGAAGCCAUGCUGUGCAUGAAUGACCUCCAUUCGAGACCCAAGUUUGCCUCGUUCAGUUUCUUCCCUCAGAGUUCUCUGAUUUCCAACAAAUUCUUCCAACGCUCUUUGAGCAAAGAGUCGGGAAUCUCUGGAAGAAGGACAAUGCAAUCCAUCAGUAACGAACAGAAAGCAUCCAAAGUACUUGGGAUUGUCUUCUUCUUGUUUGUUGUGAUGUGGUGUCCGUUUUUCAUCACCAACGUCAUGACAGUCAUUUGCAAGGAGGCAUGCAAUAAAGAGGUCAUUGAAAGGCUGCUUAACGUUUUUGUCUGGAUUGGCUACCUCUCUUCAGCUGUCAAUCCGCUUGUGUACACACUCUUCAAUAAAACCUACCGGACUGCUUUUUCACGAUACAUCAGAUGUCAGUACAGAGAGGAAAAGAAACCCUUGCAAAUGUUCUUGGCCAACACCAUCCCUGCCAUAGCAUGCCAUUCAGGCCAUCUUAAAAAGGAAUCGGAACUGUUGGCUAAGGACAUCUCUAUAGUGAACCAUGGAAGAUGUAAUUUGGAUGGGACUUUAAAGAGCAACGCCAGUCAAGAAAACGAAAAGGUUAGUUGUUUGUGACUGCGUGAACCUGUCUGCAGCUACCAUGGCAACUCUGGGAUGUUCCCCGAGACAUUUCCACCGCUUUUUCAGCUUCGGGAGAGCAGCUAGGAAGGCUCAAUCCUAUUCUGCUAUCGGUGGAAAUCUGAAUUUGGAUGCUAUAAUUCAGAGGUCCUCAAACUAAGGCCUGGGGGCCGGAUACGGCCCUCCAAGGUCAUUUAUCCGGCCCUCGCUCAGGGUCAACCUAAGUCUGAAAUGACUUGAAAGCACACAACAAGAUCAACAACAAUCCUAUCUCAUCUUCGUUCAUCUGGAGAGGCCCUGCUCUCGAUCUCACCAGCAUCGCAGGUGCGAUUGGUGGGGACGAGGGAGAGGGCCUU